AUGGGGCUGCCGCUGGCCCGCCUGGCGGCCCUCUGCCUGGCCCUGGCCUCGGCCAGGGGCGAGGAGCUCCUCAGAGAAGGCAGGACGCGCGACCACGGCCACAACGUCUGCAGCGCCUGGGGCGACUUCCACUACAAGACCUUCGACGGCGACGUCUUCCGCUUCCCCGGCCUGUGCGACUACAACCUGGCGUCCGACUGCCGGGACUCCUACAAGGAGUUCGCUGUGCACCUGCGGCGGGGCCCGGGCCGCGGCGGGGGCCACCCCCGGGUCGAGUACAUCCUGCUGACCAUCAAGGACGACACCAUCUACCUCACCCGCCAGCUGGCCGUGGUGAACGGGGCCAUGGUCAGCACCCCGCACUACAGCCCGGGGCUGCUCAUCGAGAAGAACGAGGCCUACACCAAGGUGUACUCCCGCGCCGGCCUGGCCCUCAUGUGGGACCGGGAGGACUCUCUGAUGCUGGAGCUGGACAGCAAGUUCCGGAACCACACCUGCGGCCUGUGCGGGGACUACAACGGCCUGCAGACCUACUCCGAGUUCCUCGCGGACGGCGUGGCCUUCAGCGCCCUGGAGUUCGGGAACCUGCAGAAGAUCAACAGGCCCGAGGCAGCCUGCGACGACCCCGAGGAGGAGCCCCCCAAGUCCUGCUCCCAGCACCGCGAGGAGUGCGAGCGGCUGCUGUCGGCCGAGGCCUUCGCGGGCUGCCGCGGGCUGCUGCCCCUGGAGCUGUACGUGAGGGCCUGCAUGGAGGACCGCUGCGGCUGCCCCCACGGCACCGCCUGCGCCUGCAGCACCCUGGCCGAGUUCUCCCGCCAGUGCUCCCACGCCGGGGGGCGGCCCGGCAACUGGAGGACCGCCUCGCUUUGCCCCAAGACCUGCCCGGGGAACAUGGUGUACCUGGAGAGCGGCUCGCCCUGCAUGGACACCUGCUCCCACCUGGCGGUCAGCAGCCUGUGCGAGGAGCACCGCAUGGACGGCUGCUUCUGCCCGGAAGGCACCGUGUAUGAUGACAUCGCGGGCAGCGGCUGUGUCCCCGCGGACCAGUGUCACUGCAAGCUGCACGGACACCUGUACGCGCCCGGCCGGCAGGUCACCACCGCCUGCGAGCAGUGCGUCUGCCGAGCCGGCCGCUGGGUGUGCAAGGACCUGCCGUGCCCGGGGACCUGCGCCCUGGAGGGCGGCUCCCACAUCACCACCUUCGACGGGAAGAAGUACACCUUCCACGGGGACUGCUACUACCUGCUGACCAGGGUGGGGCCCGGCGGGCGAGCACAACGACUCCUACGCCCUCCUGGGGAGCUGGCGCCCUGCGGCUCCACGGACAAGCGGACCUGCCUGAAGACGGUGGUGCUGCUGGCCGACCGGAAGGAGAAUGUGGUGGCCUUCAAGUCCGACGGCAGCGUGCUGCUCAAUGAACUGGAGGUGAACCUGCCCCACGUGACCGCGAGCUUCUCCAUCUUCCAACCUUCCUCCUACCACAUCAUCGUGAGCACCGCCUUCGGCCUCCGGCUGCAGGUCCAGCUGGUGCCCGUCAUGCAGCUCUUUGUGACCAUGGACCAGGCCGCCCAGGGCCGUGUCCAGGGCCUGUGCGGGAACUUCAACGGGCUGGAGGGCGACGACUUCAGGACGGCGGGCGGGCUGGUGGAGGCCACCGGUGCCGGCUUCGCCAACACCUGGAAGGCGCAGGCCAGCUGCCACGACAAGCGCGAGUGGCUGGACGACCCCUGCGCCCUCAACGUGGAGAGCGCCAACUACGCGGAGCACUGGUGCUCCCUGCUCAGGAAGGCGGAGACGCCCUUCGGCAGGUGCCACUCGGCCGUGGACCCCGCGGAGUACUACAAGCGCUGCAAGUACGACACGUGCACCUGCCAGGGCGACGAGGCCUGCCUGUGCGCCGCGCUGUCCUCCUACGCGCGCGCCUGCGCCGCCCGGGGCGUCAUGCUGUGGGGCUGGCGCGAGCGCGUCUGCAACCAGGACGUGGGCUCCUGCCCGGGCGCGCAGGUCUUCCUGUACAACCUGACCGCCUGCCAGCGCACCUGCCGCUCGCUGGCCGAGCCCGACGCGCACUGCCUGCGGGGCUUCGCGCCCGUGGACGGCUGCGGCUGCCCCGACGGCACCUUCCUGGACGAGAAGGGCCGCUGCGUGCCGCUGGCCAAGUGCUCCUGCUACCACCGCGGCCUCUACCUGGAGCCGGGCGAGGUGGUCCUGCGGCAGGAGCAGCGCUGCGUGUGCCGGAGCGGGAGGCUGCGCUGCACGCAGGUCAAGCUGCUCGGCCAGAGCUGCGCCGCUCCGAAGGUCCACGUGGAUUGCAACAACCUGACCGCGCUGGCCGUGCGGACCCCGCGCCCCCUCAGCUGCCAGACGCUGGCCGCCAGCCAGUACCAGACGGAGUGCGUCAGCGGCUGCGUGUGCCCGGACGGGCUGCUGGACGACGGCCGCGGGGGCUGCGUGCGGGAGGAGGCCUGCCCGUGCGUGCACAACAAGGAGCUGUUCGCCCCCGGGGACGAGGUCAAGGUGGACUGCAACACCUGCACCUGCCGGCGGGGCCGCUGGGCGUGCUCCCAGCUCGCGUGCCACGGCACCUGCGCCGUCUACGGCAGCGGCCACUACGUCACCUUCGACGGGAAGCACUAUGACUUCGACGGGCACUGCUCCUACGUCGCGGCCCAGGACUACUGCGGCCAGAACGCCUCGCGGGGCUCCUUCAGCAUCGUCACCGAGAACGUGCCCUGCGGCACCACGGGCGUCACCUGCUCCAAGGCCAUCAAGAUCUUCCUGGGGAGGACGGAGCUGAAGCUGGAGGACAAACACCGCAUGGUGAUUCAGCGCGACCAGGGCCACCACGUGACCUACACCACGCGGGAGGUGGGCCAGUACCUGGUGGUGGAGGCCAGCCUGGGCGUCAUCGUCAUCUGGGACAAGAGGACCACCAUCUUCAUCAAGCUGGCGCCUUCCUACAAGGGCUCCGUGUGUGGCCUGUGUGGGAACUUCGACCAGCGCUCCAACAACGACUUCACCACGCGAGACCACAUGGUGGUGGAGAGCGAGCUGGACUUCGGGAACAGCUGGAAGGAGGCCCCCACCUGCCCCGACGUGGGCAGCACCCCCGAUCCCUGCUCCAAGAACCCGCACCGCCGGGCCUGGGCCGAGAAGCAGUGCAGCAUCAUCAAGAGUGACAUCUUCCAAGUCUGCCACAGCAAGGUGGACCCCAAGCCCUUCUUCGAGGCCUGCGUGAGCGACUCCUGCGCCUGCGACUCGGGCGGCGACUGCGAGUGCUUCUGCUCGGCCGUGGCCGCCUACGCCCAGGAGUGCACCAAGGAGGGGGCCUGCGUGUUCUGGAGGACCCCCGACCUGUGCCCCGUGUUCUGCGACUACUACAACCCCCCCGACGAGUGCGAGUGGCACUACGAGCCCUGCGGGAACCGCAGCUUCGAGACCUGCCGCUCCGUCAACGGCCUCCACUCCAACAUCUCCGUGUCCUACCUGGAGGGGUGCUACCCCCGGUGCCCCAAGGGCAAGCCCAUCUACGACGAGGACCAGAAGAAGUGCGUCCCCGCGGACCAGUGCGGCUGCUACGUGGAGGACACCCACUACCCGCCGGGGGCGGCCGUGCCCCCCGCGCACGUCUGCCAGGCCUGCCUCUGCGCCAAUGACUCCAAGGUCGUCUGCCGGCCGGAUGACGGUGAGCAGGCCCGGCCGCCGGGGCCCUUCCCGGCGCAGGACGCCUCUGGCAAGAUUCUCAACUACACCCAGGACGGCUCCUUCUGCUACUGGGAGGUCUGCGGCCCCAACGGGACGGUGCACCAGCACUUCAACGUCUGUACGUCCACCCCGUCGCCGCCGUCCAGCUCGACGCCCACCCCCACCCCCACCCCCAGCGCCACCUCCAGCGCCACCUCCAGCGCCACCUCCAGCGCCACCCCCACCAGCCACGGCCCAGAGCUGUGCUGCUUCUGGUCCGACUGGAUCAACGACGACCGCCCGACGGUCGGCAACGACGGUGGCGACCGGGAGACGUUUGCCAGCGUCUGCCAGGCCCCGGAGGACAUCGAGUGCAGGUCGGCCACGGAGCCGCACCUCAGCUGGGAGGAGCUCGGCCAGGUGGCCCAGUGUGACGUCAGCGUGGGGUUCAUCUGCAACAACGAAGCCCAGUUUGCGAACGGACUGUUCGGGCUUUGUUAUGACUACGAGAUACGAGUCAACUGCUGUCUGCCGAUGGAUCAUCACCUCACCAACGACGACCUCCACCUCACCAACGACCACUUUCACCUCCUCAAAGACCACCACCUCACCGACCACCACCUCACCUACCUCUACCUCCCCGACCUCCACCUCGACCACCUCUCCGACGUCCACCUCUCCGACGCCCACCUCUCCGACCUCCACCUCCCCGACCUCCACCUCCCAGAUCUCCACCUCAACCACCUCACCAACGACCAUCUCGACCUCCUCAAAGACCACAACCUCGCCGACCUCCACCUCACCUACCUCCACCUCAACCACCUCACCUACCUCCACCUCCCCAAUCUCCACCUCCCCGACCUCCACCUCACUGACCUCCACCUCAGUCACCUCACCAACGACGACCUCCACCUCACCAACAACCACUUUCACCUCCUCAAAGACCACCACCUCACCGACUUCUACCUCCCCGACCUCCACCUCGACCACCUCACCAGCCUCCACCUCAACUGCCUCACCAACGACGAUCUCGACCUCCUCAAAGACCACCACCUCACCUACCUCCACCUCACCGACCUCCACCUCGUCCACCAUCUCGACUGCCUCACCAACCUCCACUUUGACCACCUCACCAGCCACCACUACCACCUCAUCAGCCACCACCCCUGGUAUCUCCACACUGACCACUCCAUGUGUGGAAGACUGCAAGUGGACCGGCUGGCUGGAUUCUGGUAA